AUGGAAGCCAGGCAUUUGAUGAGGGUGAGACACGAAAUUAUUAAUCGAAUCAAACCAUGUUGGCAACGGCAGAAACGAGAAGAAAUGAUGAAUGAAAUUCGUCAAUAUAACGAAAGAUUACACGACAUGGCACCUGCAUACGGCUAUACAGUGGUCACAACGGACAUAAAAGACGAAGACUUAAAAAGUGACGGUGUACAUUUAAACGACACUAGUGUACUAAAAUUAGUUCAAACAAUAAAAGAAACAUUCGAUCGCUAUUCAAGGGUUGACACCACGAAUAAGACUCCUUCUCAGGAAUAUAAAGGAAGAUUUCCUUCGAAUAAUGAGCUACGGCUUUGCCAGACGGCAUUAGACAGAUGGUAG